AUGGAUCCAGAAGAACUUUACACCAAACAAAAUUGUAUAGGGGGAGGCAGUUUUGGCAAGGUCUACAAAGGGGUCGACAGGCGUACAGGACAAGCGGUAGCUAUUAAGGUUAUUGAUGUUGAAAAUGCCGAGGAUGAGGUCGAAGACAUCAUCCAGGAAAUUUCCAUCCUGUCCGAGUUGCAGUCACCCUAUGUUACAAAGUACCAUGGCUCUUUCUUGAAAGGCUCAGAUCUGUGGAUCAUCAUGGAGUUCUGCUCUGGGGGAAGUUGCUCAGAUCUGAUGCGGCCUGGCUUGAUCCACGAGGACUAUAUUUGCAUCAUUCUGCGAGAACUCCUCAUGGGGUUGGAUUACCUCCACAGCGAUAAGAAGCUUCACCGAGAUAUCAAGGCCGCGAACGUCCUCCUAGGCGCCAAUGGACAAGUCAAGCUCGCCGACUUUGGCGUUUCAGGACAACUGUCGGCAACCAUGACCAAGAAAAAUACUUUCGUCGGCACGCCCUUUUGGAUGGCUCCUGAAGUUAUCAAGCAAUCCGGCUACGAUCACAAGGCAGAUAUUUGGUCACUUGGAAUCACUGCUAUUGAGCUUGCCAUGGGAGAACCACCUUAUGCCGAUAUUCAUCCAAUGAAGGUUCUUUUCCUGAUCCCGAAAAAUCCUCCGCCCACUCUCCAAGGCCAAUUCUCUCGUACAUUCAAAGAUUUUGUCGAACUUUGCUUGAGACGAGAUCCCAGGGAAAGACCGUCAGCGAAGGAAUUACUCAAACAUCCCUUCAUUAAGAAGGCAAAGAAAACCACGUAUCUGACGGAGUUGAUCGAAAGAAAUGAGCGGUACAUUGCCACACGAGGCGGGCGGUUAUCUGACGAUGACGAAGAAGAGGAGGAGAACUUUCGUCAUGGGAAUCACGAACCAGAAAAUGAAGACUUGUGGGAUUUUGGUACCGUGAGGCCGGUAGGAGGCCGUGGAGCUGGAUUGCGCCCCAUGAAUGAUUCGGCCACAAAUGCAAGAGCAAGUGCGGAACCAUCAGGCUCAAAACCUCGAUCUGACUGGGACGACACCGUCAAGGUUCCGUCCUCUCCCCAAAAGUCGCCUAUCAAAGCAGCCUUCCCUCCAACUCCAGCCAAGGUUCCUCUACCACCUUCCCCAACCAAAACAUCUGCGUCCGCAGCAUUUGAGACAAGGCAUUCUCCCUCGGGCGGGACUUCGGUCUCUGCUAAGCCAACAGAGACCCCAAGACUGUCGGCCAAUCUAAUGGCUAGCAAAGCUUCUCCAUCCGCAUCCCACAGCGACAGCCCAGGGUCCAAUGAAUACAACAAAGCAUUUCAAGCUCAGCUCGCCAAAGACAUGGGAUUCCUGAAGAUUGAUGGUGGGAGUAGUCCGAGCGUUCAGACACUAAACGGCGCGACACCACCUGGGAAGAAACCUCUCAUGGUAAUCCCAGAGAUUCCACCGUUCAGAGGUCUAUCCGGCAAAGGACAGCCUCUUGCUCAGCCGUCGUCCUCGAAAGUUGUUGCACAACAGCCAUUACCGUCGUUCUCACCGAAGGACUUGCCUCUACUUCCACAGGGACAGGUGCCAGCUACGACGGUAAAUCAACAACCAUUGCCACCACUCACGCCCACGACCAACCAGCCACAAACCUCGAAGGCUGCGGCUCUUAGUAUUUCGGCUGCUCAACUGCCGGCGCAAGACACUGGUCAGGAAUUGACAGCAUUGAACUCUGUAUUAAUACCAGCUCUUGAAGCUGCAAUGCAUCGACGAACAUAUAUGUUAAAAGAACAGGCACGAUCCAGCAAGUUGAGCCCUUCUGCUGCUGCAGAAAUCCAACAGCAAAGGGUCCAGACACACGAGAAAGUUAGACGACUGAUAGCCAAGACAGCGGGUCUAUUCUACGAGAUUCAGAAAUGCGAUGAGGAAUGUCCUGUUGGUAUGGGUGGAGGAGUCACUGAAUUUCUGGAAGGCUUCUUGGAGGAAGUUCUUGUGAGAGUGGAGGCUUCAGACGAACCCGAAGCAAGUCCCACUCGAAGGACAUGA